AUGGCUGGUCAAUAUUGGAGAGCUGCUGGUAUCACUUAUUUACAAUACGCUAACAUUUGCGGUACUCAUGUCCGUAAUUGUUUAAAAGAACCAUUCAGAGCUGCUGCUAAAAAUAGAGAAGGUUUCAUUUCAAAUACUGUCAUGUACCAAAAUGGCAAAGAAUCAUCAACCAUCAUUUUAAAUUCAGAAUUACUCCAAAAAGAACUUUUAGUCAAGAAAAACUAA